GCGGCACUUUUGAAUUUUUUAAUCAAGGUCGGAUUCGCAGAUUUGCUUCUCAGAUUAAGUGUUUAUUUUGAAUUGUUUAUGAGUUGGGAAUGGCAUGCAGUUAUAGCAUGAAGUGUUCAGGAUUUGUUUUAAGGAACAUUAACAGUUUAGCCUGUCAUGCUCCAGUGGUUUUUGUCGAGAUUCCAUUUCGAAUAUCAUGGUUGACAUAAAAGAGAACACUGGCGCAUCCAUAUGUGGAGAGUCCAUGGAUAUGUCGGCUGCCCCUAAACCGCCCGAUGUCAACGACUUUGUUAUUUUAAAACCGAUAAGUCGAGGAGCAUUUGGUUGCGUACUGCUUGGAAAAAGAAAAACCAACAGCAAGCUAUAUGCUAUAAAGGUUAUGAAGAAGAGCAACAUGGUCCGUAAAAACAUGACGAAGAACGUCGUUUGUGAGCGCAACGCCCUCGCUUUGAGCAAGAGUCCGUUUAUUGUACACUUGUACUAUUCAUUAGAGACUCAUGAUGACAUUUAUCUGAUCAUGGAGUACGUGAUUGGGGGGGAUGUAAAAAGUUUAAUUAGCGUUCUUGGAUAUUUUGAUGAAGAGAUGGCUGUUCUGUACAUCGCGGAAGCUACGCUGGCUUUGGAAUAUCUGCAUAACCAUGGGAUAGUGCAUAGGGAUUUGAAACCAGACAAUAUGCUGAUUACCAAGGAAGGUCACAUUAAGCUGACAGACUUCGGACUUGCGACAGUCUCUCUGGAUAGAGAUCUCAGCAUAUCAGACCUUGCCAAAACCCCAUCAGUUGGAAGCAGACUGGCUAACCUUGAAUAUUACAGAACUCCCGGACAAGUUGUGUCGCUGAUUUCCAACUUCAACUUCCAAAGCUCUCCUGGUAGCGUUGGAAGCCCAUCGUUGCCAUCCAGGCCUCCACGCAAAUACGUAGCCGGCCAUCGAAGAAUUUCACUGGAGAAUGCAAGAUAUGCUCCUGCUAUUGACAGCCCACUGAUUGCCAUCAACCAUAAGCGUUCCAGAUCUCAAGAAAGUUGUGGAGGGUUCUCACCUGAACAUGUAACACCGCCAUCUACUGGUGGAGGAUCUUCAACUCGACGCCAAAGUUCGGAAAUAUUUGAGACUCCGCCCUGCAGUGAGGUUGUUAGAGACAGAGGUCCGAUUGGGUCCAUCAGCGGAACUUGUGUUCGAGAUCUGCGGACUCCACUGAGUGAGAGGACUUGGAUUAAAAGCAGGUUGGAAAAUUCAGACUCUGCAAUGUCAAUCACGGCAUCGAUUUGUGCGGUAUCUCGAAGUAUGUCAUGCGCUUCUACAAUAGCGACACCUAGUGAUUUUGCGAUGUCACCAGACAGUCGACUGAUUAGCAUUCCAUUUGAAGCAGAUGACAAAGCGUCCAUGCAUGACGAGUCAUGUAACAAAGAUCCGCACGACGAAGUAUUCCAUGAAUCUGACAAAGAGAAUUGUCACCCAAUAGUUCGUCCGCAAUCUGUGAGUUGUCCUGUAUCCCCGAUGAUUGCUCGGAAACAUCGACGUAUUUCCUCUGAUGAUGACAAGAAAAUGACCUCUGAACCUGUGUGCGUUGAACCUGAACAGGGAAAAAAGUUCAACAAAGUGUCUCCGAGAAUGCUGAUUCCGCCAGCCAAACGUCGUCGGUUGCUUUCAAGAAGCCACACAGGAUUAACAACGGAAAUAUCAAAUAUAAAUUUCAUGCAUGAUGAAUCAAGGUUUUCUCGAUCUUGGCCGAGACUCGAUGCACCACUAGGUGACAGGAAUGAGUCUAGACUACAAACACUACAUGGACUUCAUGAUGACUCGAUUUGCUCUCAAAGCCCUGACCUUUGCCCCAAUGAGGAAGCUAAAUGUGCUGAUGUGUCAGUAAAUAUAUCAGCUUCUGAUGUGGAGCAAUCAAUCUCUGAUGUUGACGCAAGUUUCCAAGAAUUAUCAUUCGAAGCGAAGUCACCGAAGAGCAAUAAUUCAAGUUUAAAUAAAGGUGUAAAAGACAACCAAGGCAAGCUGCCAUUCUCAUCCUAUGCAGAAAAAGAUAACUCUCAUAACACGUCUCAUGAAGAUUUAAGCUCAUUCAUGACCUCUGACCUUCACGCAUCAUCGAUGAUCCCAACACAUUCUACUCCAUUCCAAUGUAUUGAUGGAUCAGUCGAGGUUGUCCGUGGCAACAUAGAAGACUCCUCAUUCACUGCACCAUGGGAUGAAGACAGACUCGAAAGUGCGAACGUGAAACGUCGGAUCAGCGUUGAAAGUGGGAUCACACAUCUUGACUCCACAAGAGCAAGCAGCAUUCCGCUGAAGUUUGAAGAUUUGGACAGUUCAUUGGUGAUAGAUCCACUAUGUGGCGCUCUAUCCCCGCCACAUACACAGACAAUUGAUGUGUCACCAAUCCAACAAAAAUCGGUCAACCGUGGAGUAAAUAUGACUGCACCGGAGGCUAUCAUAAUAACUGCAUCAGAGUCUAUCGCUAAGUCUGGUCUGGAGUCUAUUGCUGCCAACUCUUCUGCACCAGAAGUUGUUCUAUCCAAAGCAACUGAAACUAAACCCACUGUUGAACGGACUUCAGUCACAUUCGCGGAAGAGAAUAUGAUAUUUGGCCAUCGGGAGGAGCUAUUGCGUAUACCCAAACUUGAUAUAAUUCACUCCCCGAUACCAUCGUUCUCAAAAUCUAGUCAUUUUUCGUUUGAAUCGGACAAAACUCCCAAUCGUGCUAGACAGCAGUAUAGAAACUCAUUCCACACACCUAAUCGAAAGAAUUUAUCCGAAAAUAACCAGGAUAACGGAAUUCCGCUUUCGCUGAUGACUUCAGGAUGCGUUCCACCCAACUCUGCCGCAGCGUACUGCACUCCUAACCCUAAGAAUACAGGUCUGCAACCAGCAUUUGGAUUUCGAUCAGUCAACCGUAUCCGUUUCAACACUCCAAAACAAAGAACCCCAUUGCGACCUUUAACCCCGAUGAGACACAUGGCUCCCAAACCGACUCCUCUGCGAACCCCAAAAAGUGUCAAAAGAAAACAAUCACAAGCGGAAUCGAGAAUUUGGGGAACCCCAGACUAUCUGGCACCAGAGUUGCUACUUCACAAACAACAUGGCAAUGCAGUGGAUUGGUGGGCGCUCGGAGUCUGUUUUUAUGAAUUUUUAGUCGGCUUUCCCCCAUUCAAUGAUUCGACCGUUGAUAAAAUAUUCACAAAUAUUUUAAAUCGAGAGAUGGAAUGGCCAGAAGGUGACGAAGCCUUAUCCGAAUCAGCAACCUCACUGAUUUUAAAGCUUUUGACUCUGAAUCCAGAUGAAAGAGGGAAUUCUAAAGAUAUUCGUGGCUCUGAGCUCUUUGGCUCCCUCAACUGGUCUGAUUUGACCUCCAUAACCCCGCAGUUUGUGCCGACGCCGGACAAUGAUACGGAUACGGCAUAUUUUGAUCCCAGGAACAAGGACCGGGGUGAAUAAAUAACCACGCAGACAUAAAGGAAGUAAAAACAUUAUGUGAUCAUUUUUUGAUCCCAGUUUAUUCAGCCAUUUUUUAUUAGAUUGCUCUGCCAAAGCAACGUCCAAGUUAACGUCCAGAUUUUUUUCAGCAAUCCUUCACACUGUUCAAGUUAUCAUAUGUCACAUAAAAUUUUGAAGGCAUUUACUACACUGCUUAAGUUAUUGCCUUGUAAUUCGCAACUAUUUUCCACACUGCCGAAGUCAUUAUGAGCUGCUUUUUUAUGACGAGUCGCACUAAAUUUUGUUUCCAUUGUCCAUGCUUAUCAUCUGUUACCUGAUUUUUGCUGCCUUUUCUCUCAGUAGUUAUUAUAUGUUAUAUUGGAAACAACAAGUUGCCACAGAUUUUGCGGGUUUAUUUACAAUGGCCCAAUUAUUAUAUGUUGUCUAAAAUCGAACAUGUAGUACCUGAAUCAGCAUUCAAAUUGUUAUCUGUCAAGAAUCAAAUUCAAAUUGAAUGUUUAUCCAUUAUAAUACCAUACAAUCCAUGUCUGCUAGUCAUGUCAUCAGAUAUGGAACUGUUCCAUACAUUUUUUAACACUGAUACAAUUUAUUGCAAUAUGUUUUGUUGCCAUAUGUCAGAUAUAUAUCACGUUUUUUUAUUCAAUAAGAAUAACCUGCCGCAUCUCGAAUACACCACAAUAUUUCACAUUUACCUCAGGACAGAGAAAAGUCUAAACUCACAUGAUGAACCACUACGUCUUAUUAUAUUGUUGGAUAUUGGUGAUUUUCACCGAGAUUGAAAAUUUUGAUCACUACCGGAAUGAAGAGCUACAAACCACAGACCACAGCCAUAUUUCAAUCUGUCAAACUUGGCCAAAAUUCUUGUCAAUUUAAACAAACCCACCGACCAAAGUUGUCACUUCAUUUAAUUUUCCGAGUAAUGAAUUCCUAAGGUUCUGUGGUGCUUUUUCACUGCCAAUAUCUGUUUUGCCACCAUUUUUAUCUAUACUAUGUUGCGUGUAAUAUUAACUAGUCUCGUCUAAAUAAAUAAAACGGCAUUUAAAAUGAA